UCCGUAUAUGAAAAUCUACUGAUCUUCCGAAAGAUUCAAAUCAAAUCGAAGAAGAAGAAGAAGAAGAUGUUAAGCUUCAAGCGAGUGACUCGAUCUUCUCUAAUGGCUUCCCACCGCCUAUUGAAGCUCAAAGACAAGAACGAGCUCAUCUCUUACUACACUUCUCCUCAUUUUUCCCACCAUUUCUUUCCUCAAACGACCUCAAUUCGCUUCUUCGAUUUUUACAAGCUUGGGAGCAAAGAUGCAAUCGAUAAAGAACGAGCUCGGCUUGCAGACGAAAUGAACAGAGGAUACUUUGCUGAUAUUUCUGAGCUUAAGAAACAUGGUGGCAAGAUUGCUUUGGCAAGUAAGAUUAUCAUUCCUGAAAUGAAAGCUGUGAAGUUCCCUAGUAUUGAAGUGAAUUUCUCUAAUGGGAAAGCUUUGAAGCUUCCCAUUGAUUUGAAGGAGAAGGAAAGUGCAGCUGAUGCUGCUAAGUCUUCUCCUAUCCCUAAGGCAUCUUUAAUAUGCGUUUCGUUUCGGGCAAACGCUCAGUCUAUGAUUAGUUCUUGGAGUUUACCUUUUCUCGAUACUUUUCGUAGCUCAAAGGGUGUCAAUCUGUACGAGGUAUCGUUCAUAGACUCGUGGCUAUUAUGCCAGACUCCAAUUAAGCAGCUUCUCCUUCGGAUUAUGAAGAAAUCGAAUGAUGAUGGAAGUGACGAUCCACUUAAGAGGCAGAUUGUGUAUUCUUUUGGCGAUCACUAUUACUUUCGAAAAGAACUUCAUAUACUUAACCUUCUAACCGGAUAUAUAUACCUCAUUGACAAAUUCGGUAGAAUAAGAUGGCAAGGCUAUGGAUUGGCAACCGAAGACGAGUUAGCAUCCCUUCUUUCUUGCACAUCACUUCUUCUGGAAGAGAAGUAAGAUGUAUUUUCUUUUGAGAAGCAUUGUUGAGAAACUUAGUGCAACCAAGAAUUGGUAGCUACAAAAUAAGGUUGUUGACCCAAUGAGCAGAAGAGGCCUUAUCAUCAAACUGAACUCUUCUUUAUAGUUUUAGGAUGUGUUUAGUUUUUUUAUUUUUUAAAAAAAUUCUAAACACUUGAAGGAGAGGGUGUUUUCACCUACUAAAUUUUUCUCUUAAAUUAGUUGUUUCAAAUAUGAAAAAUUUUAGUUUUUAUGUUGCAAAUUUUCACUGUGAAUGUAAAUUAUACAUAUUGGUUUUUUGAAAUCUACAAUGAUUUUUUAUUUAUUC